GGGGCCGCGGCCGAGCUGGGCUGGCUGUCGCUGGCCAGCCAGGAGGACCUGCUCAAGAUCAUGCGGCCGCCCUAUUCGUACUCGGCGCUCAUCGCCAUGGCCAUCCAGAACGCGCCAGAGCGCAAGCUGACGCUCAGCCACAUCUACCAGUUCGUGGCCGAGAGCUUCCCCUUCUACAAGCGCAGCAAGGCGGGCUGGCAGAACUCCAUCCGCCACAACCUCUCCCUCAACGACUGCUUUAAGAAGGUGCCGCGGGACGAGGACGACCCUGGGAAAGGCAAUUACUGGACUCUUGAUCCAAACUGUGAGAAGAUGUUUGACAACGGGAAUUUUAGACGCAAGAGGAAGCGGCGCACUGAGCCCAGCAGCGGCAGCUCGGCAACUGCGACGGCAGCGGGAGGGAUCCCAAAGCUUGAAGAAGGAGUAGGAAAGCCCGGAGCAGGAGACAGCCCCCCCUCCCUGUUGGGCCCCUCCCCCUCCACUCCCGAACCCCCGGAGGAGCCCAAGAGCGGAGCGUCUCCUCCCAGCGGCCCUUUGCUGUCCUCCACCCCCUGCCUCAAGUCCUUCUUCGGCGGCCUCAGCAGCGCGGCCAGGAGCCACCAACCUAGACACCUGGGGCUCCCUGGAGUUCCGUCGGAGCUGGCCUCGCGCGGCCUCCAGGGGGCGCAGCGGAGCGCGGCCGCCG